AUGUGUUUGCUUAGCUUCUUCUUAGCUUGCACAUCAUCAUACAAUUUAACAAACCGAGAUAUACCAUACUUGUUCAGUGAUAUGGAACACAAACCAUUUUUCGCAAUUUUAUAUUCAGAUUGGUGCCCUCAUUGCUUAGAACACAACGAAUUAUUUAUGCAACUAGAGAAGAAGUACGAUGGAGAUUCGAGAUUCGGUCUUGUACGCAUAAAUUGCGAUAACUUUAACCAUAUUUGCAAAAAAUUCCCAGAUAGUUUUACUCCUGGCUUAUAUUGGGUUAUUGAUUCGCCAGAUAGAGCCGAAGGAUACUUCGGUACAUUAGAUUUACCAAGCAUUAUCUCAUUUAUUGAGAAACAUUUGGGAGAAUUGAUUGUAGAAGUGCAAAACAUCAGUCAAUAUGAGAAUCUACUGACUACUUACAAGGAUAACUCGAUAUUUGUGUAUCAAAAGGCCAAAGAUCAUGGUGAUUCAGAUAAAAUUUCAGAUAUUGUCUUCAAAUUUAAGAAUUAUCCAACAAUCUUCGCCAAUCUCAAAUUCACCCUUAAAGAAGAUACAGAAGACUCAUUAUUCUUCAAUAUUAAUCCUUCAACAAAUAUUUCGACAAUUUACGACGGCCCUUACGAAACAGAGCUUCUCAAAAUCUUUAUUAACAAGUACGCAUUCCCUCCGAUCUCUCCUCUUUCAGCUCUUUUCUUUGAGCACGCCAUCACAAACAAUUACAACGUUUUACUACUUGCCGACGAAGAGCCAUAUUUCGUAGACAAUUUUACUCGAAUUGUUACAGAAAACAAGCUCGAAAUGAGAGCAAUUCAUUUCAGAUGCGUUUCAUUUCCGAAAUUCUGUCUCGAUCUCCUCAUACAAACAGGGAAUGGACCACAGAUCAUUAUAAACAAUCCGAAAAAACACUACGAAUGGUAUUACAAGGAUGAAUUAGAAUCAUCUCAGAUUAUUAACUGGAUAAACGAAGUACAGAGUGGUAAAAGACGUGCUGCAGGUCCUGGUGGCGGAUUCAUUGGUUUUAUUACUAAUCUUUACGAUGAUUUCCACAGAAAAGGUCCAGUUGCUUUAAUUUUAUUUUUGUCAAUUUUCGCAGUUCUCGCAGCGAUUUUUCUCCUUGGAACUGUUCAAUCAAUCGUCGAAAGAAGGCGUCUCCACUAUCACAAGCUAGAGUAG